ACCUCUCACCCCACUUCCGGAAGCCUCCGCCGAGCACAAACGGCGACGACGGCCCGGAGACCCCCCCCCGCCGCAGAGACCCCCGCCGCAGAGACCCCCUCGACUCCUCUCCCACGGGACACAGCCGCGGACCCCCCGAGCAGCUCCCGAAACGCCACAAUGUCGACCAGCGAGAAAGCUCCCCUGAUGCCGCCCAAUGCACCGAAGGACAGCCAGUCAUGGGGAAACCCGGAUCAGCCCGGCUACAUGGCACCCCCCUACGUGCAGCCCCCCUACCUGACGCCCCCCGGCCCUUCAUCCGGGGGUCCGGGCUACAGCGAUACACCCUACCACCCAGCUCCAGGCCCUUCAGCUCCUGCCUUUAAUGAUGAGCAUCCGCCAAUAUACCACGAUAAUGAAGACUUCAAUAUCUCUGACUGGACUGACAAAACAGUGCGGCGAGCUUUCAUCAGAAAGGUGUACCUGGUCCUGACUGCCCAGCUGCUGGUGACGUUCGCCUUCGUGUGCACUUUCCGCUUUUCGCCCGCCGUCUCGACAUACGUUAAAAGUACUCCCGGCCUCUACUACGCCUCCUACGCAGUCUUCUUCGUCUGUCUCAUUGCGCUCAGCUGCUGCGGGGAAUUCCGCCGCAAGCAUCCCUGGAACAUCAUCACGCUGUCCAUCCUGACGCUGUGCAUGUCCUACAUGGUGGGGAUGAUUGCCACCUUCUACGAGGCCGACGCUGUUGUGAUGGCGAUGGGCAUCACAGUGGCGGUCUGCGUGGCUGUCAUCUUGUUCUCUAUGCAGACGAAGUACGACUUCACAUCCUGCAACGGCGUGCUGCUGGUGAUGCUGGUCGUGUUGAUGUUGUUCUCCAUCCUCUGCAUCAUCUUGCGCAAUCAUAUCCUCAACAUCGUCUACGGGGCGCUGGGGGCCCUGCUGUUCACCGUGUUCCUCGCAGUGGAUACGCAGCUGCUGAUGGGGAACCACAAGUACGCGCUGAGCCCUGAGGAAUAUAUCUUCGCCGCCCUCAACCUCUACACGGACGUCAUCAACAUUUUCCUCUACAUCCUGAUGAUCAUUGGGAACUCUCGCAACUGA